UCUGUGGGUCUCCGAUAUGGACCCCGCUCACUCUUUUAGGAUGGAGUUGGACGGGCUGGACCUCCAGCAGGUCCCGGUGCUGUCACUCGACCAGAUCCGUGCCAUCCGGGCCUACAAUGACUACGUGGACCGACCAGUGGCGCUGGAACUGGCAUCCCAGUCUGGAUUUUUCUAUGCCCACGACGAGAGACACCCGCACGGAAUAUACUCGCAGCACCCUCAUCUGCCGGGCCACACCGCCCUGCCCCGCAGUCAAAGUCAGCAGCAAGCCCGCAUGUCCCGCAUCAGCCGCUCCAGCACCGUGAGCUCCUCCAUGUCCCGGACCAGCGCCAGCUCGGACCAGAGGCUGCUGGCGGGCUUGACGCCCUCGCACUCCGGCUCAACCUCGGUGGUGCGUACUCAACCGAAAGGGGAGCUGCUCAAGUCCGACUACUCGUUGAGCAAAAUCCUGGCCGAGGACGAGCCGGGCCGGCACCAGUUCAUCUGCGAGCGCUGCGCCCGCUGCAAGUGCCACGAGUGCUGUGCCCCACGCCGGCUUCCCUCCUGCUGGGCCUGCGGGCAGCGCUGCCUGUGUUCCGCCGAGAACGCGGUGGAGUACGGCACCUGCCUGUGCUGUGUCAAGGGCCUCUUCUACCACUGUUCGGCGCAGGACGACGAGGACAACUGCGCCGACCGGCCGUGCUCCUGCGCCCCAGCCCACGCCCUGGCCCGCUGGGGCACCAUGGGCCUCCUGGCUCUCUGCCUGCCCUGCCUCUGCUGCUACCCCCCUGCCCGGCUGUGCCUCGCCUUGUGCCACUGUGCCCACGACCGGGCCACGCGACCUGGCUGCCGGUGCAGCAACACCAACACUGUGUGCCGCAAGAUCUCCGCUUCAAACCCCAACCCGGGUCAUCCCUCCGUGAGCAAGGCUGUGGAGAAGUCACUAUGACAGGCCUGGAUUGGUGGCAACAAGGCGCCAACCAUUACUUGUGCUCACCUGCCUUGUAGGCGGCCAUCUGUUCUCCAGCUCGAGGGGGACAAAAGCUUUACUGUGCCUGUUUGCCUUGGAAACUAAAAGCCCAACCUGAAGAAGAACUGAAUUUGCCGUCCUUCUUCUACCUAAUGGAGAUGUCUGACAUGCAUUUAUUUAUUAACGGACCACCUCCUGACGCUUUACGAUCGACGCCUGGACCACGGACCGGAUCGGCAACUCACGGCUCGACCACGACGGAUUAC